AUGGGAAAAGUAAACAUAAAGGAUUAUGGAAAUAUUUGUAAAUGGUUUAAAAAGUUAAGUAAUAAAAAACCAAUGCCAUUACUACCAGAAAAUAAAAAUGAUAGAUUAAAAAAAUUUACAAAUUUUUCUUUAUAUCAUAUAAUGGAUAAGUAUGAAUUUCUACCAAAUUUUAUUUUACAAACAGAAUAUUUGUAUCCUAUUUUAUACAAAAACCCAGAAAUAUUAAAGCAGUCAUAUUUUAAUCAUCAUAAAUUUUCAAAUUUACAAAAUAAACCAAGUUAA